UUGUCAUGUCUGCGCUCGUUUGCCACACCAGACGGACUCGCCAAAAAGCUAUAUCUAAAACUAAAUUCCUUGCUCAGAUUACCCGAACAACUUUAUAUAAUUUCCAUAACAUGAGCUCCUCUAAGGAACGUCGCACCACGUUGUUGGAAUCUCUCCCAUGGGUUGAGCACCCACUCAUCUCAAGCGCACCCAUGAGCGGCUUCGCAACAAAUGAAUUGGCCGUAGCUGUAUCGCAGGCUGAAGGCCUUGGCCAGAUCGGCUUCACCGGCAGCCCGGGAAUGCUGCAGAGGGAGCUAGAACAGGCGAAACAGAAGCUGCAUGGGACCUCGAUAUUCGAUAAGACGUCCAAGGUGCUUCCGGUCGGCGUUGGUAUCAUUGCUUUUGGCGGACCUGCCAGCCCUUGGACCCAGACCUUUGCCAAGUACAGGCCAGCGAUGGUGUGGCUUUCCUUCGGGACAGACAACGAGUUCAAAUCAUGGUCUGAGAACAUCCGCGCCGUGUCGCCUGAUACCAAAGUGUGGAUCCAGGUUGGAAGCGUCAAGGCAGCUCUGGAGGCAGCGACAAGUUGUGCACCAGACGCUCUUGUACUACAGGGCUGUGAUGCCGGCGGCCAUGGACAUAAACACGGAGCAAGCAUCGUCACCCUGAUACCAGAAGCCUUGGACGCACUGCACGAGCAAGGACUAUCCAGCAUUCCAUUGAUAGCAGCCGGUGGCAUAAUGGACAAACGGAGCGUGGCAGCAGCCAUCGCCCUGGGCGCUUCAGGUGUUGUCAUGGGUACGCGCUUUCUAGCAUGCCAGGAAAUCGAGGUGGCUGAUGAAGUUGUGGAUGAAUGUCUUGCCGCCCGUGACGGAGGAGAGGCUACUGUCCGAUCCCGAGUUUUCGACGAUAUCUGGGGACGGAAUUUCUGGCCAGACAUGUAUGAUGGCAGGUGUUUACGAAAUGCCAUGUAUGAUAACGUAGAAGAAGGGGGAAUGAGCAUUCAGGAAGCCCGUUUGGCCCUUAGCACUCGAAAUAGGGGCGAGGGAGGCUCGGAAUCUGUAGUAAGGGAUUCGUAUACGAUCUGGGCAGGAACUGGGGUGGGGAUGCUCAAGAAAAAGGAGAAGGCUGUCGGCAUUGUAAAGCAGAUCCGAGAAGAAACAAAGAGUCUGAUAGAAUGUAUGGGAGGAGAAAUAUAAAUGCCGUUAGCAAUACUGAGCUGUCGGUCAUACUAUAUAAUAAUUGAGGAAAAAGAGGUGACUG